AGGGCAUGGCAGGGCAUGGCAGGGUCCAUCGGUAGGGUAGGGAAGCCACAACCAAGGUCCAAGCCCAAGCCCACUGGUGACAAUCCCACUAACUUUCUUUCGUUACUAGGUACUGACCUACCAUCAGGGCUGUCACUCGUUUGCUGCUCAUCGAUUUUGUUGAGGAUAGCCCAGGCGGCAUCCAAUUGUUGCAUGUACUUCCAGGUUUGCUGUAAAGGAGACACUGAAAACAGGAUCUUGGCUUCUAUCACCUCUCUUUUACCCUUGUAACCACCUACUUUGCCUUUCCUUAAUCAACCCCUCCAUACUCGACCGCCUCCUCUAGCACCAUAGGACCACCCCCUCCACACUUUACGGCAGGCACACGACCCACUCCCGGUAUCAAGAGGAACAGCUCGAACUUCUUUUCAAUCUGUGAACUUGCUGUCUGAGCCUCGGCAGAAUCAGCUGCUUGACUACUCAAUUGCACAGGACUGUGUCCCUGAGCUGGAAACUUCUUCUCCACACAACACAGCUGAGAUCUCUGGUAGAGCCUCAUACAGCUUCACAUACCUCAAUUGACUCGAAUUUGGACCGCAGAAAUCGCCGCCACCAUGUCGCCAUCUCUAGACACCCACAGUGGGACGAACAACCAGUUCGGAGAGCUCAAUCUCUCCAUCACAGGCUUGGGAGUCGAAUACCCUCCAUAUCAACUCCACCCAGAAGCUCUGGAUACUCUUUGCAAACGCCACUAUCCAGAUACACCAGCGUUCGUCCAUCAUACCACACACACUCUGCAGAUAUGGAGAGACAUAAACUGACCCUCGCCAGCAUGACCAAAGUCCGCGCCAUAAACAACUACACAGGAAUUGAUAGUCGCUCAGCAAUUGGCACAGUGGACCACCCCAUGGCGAACAUGGACCGCGCACCCACGAUCACAGAACUCUGCGAAAUCUUUCUCAAAGAUGGCGUUGCGCUCGCGGUAACCGCUGCCCGGAAAGCUCUCCACGAAGCACAGCUAUCGCCUACAGAUAUUACGCAUGUCGUUUCCACCACCUGCACAAACAGCGCAAACCCUGGCUUCGAUCACUAUGUGUGCAAAGGGCUUGGAAUGACACAGCCGGUAGAAAAAGUGCUCCUGCAUGGAAUUGGAUGUAGCGGAGGUCUUGCGAGUCUGAGAACAGCGGCCAACUUGGCACUGGGAAGUAGUUUUCGCGGGAGGAAAGCAAGAGUAUUGGUCAUUGCGCUGGAGAUCAGUAGUCUGCUGGUGAGAAGUGAACUGGACAGCGUACAUGAGCUCCAGGAGACAAGAAUUGGCGUUACGCUAUUCAGCGAUUGUGCGAGCGCGCUCGUACUGAGUAACGGUAUCGGUGGCGAAGAUGCCGAGCCUGUGUACGAGCUGUUUGGGUGGGACCACAGGAUGAUUCCUGAUACCGAGCAGGAUUUGGGAUUUGAUGUUGAUCCAUUGGGUAUAUCACUCUCUGUUCUUCACCUAACGUCGAUGUUAACGAGCCUUGUUUGUAGGUUGGAAAGUCGUCCUCUCCCCUCGAGUCCCAAAACUUGCCGCAGCAGUCGUAUCACCAACCUUUUCAGAUCUCAUCUCCACUCUCCCCAACCUUCCUACGAGCUACAAAGAAGCCUCAGACUUCGAUUGGGCUCUCCACCCCGGCGGUGCAACGAUCCUCUCGGGCGUCGAGCGCGCAAUGAGUAUCUCAGCAGAACAUAUGCGCGCAAGCUACGACACAUAUAUUAACCACGGCAACUCGUCUUCCGCCACCAUAAUAUCGGUCAUGGAUCGCCUGCGGCAAAAAGACAUGGAUGAGCUUGCGCCGGGAGGCAAGGUCAAGGAUUUUGUAGUUGGCUGCGCAUUUGGACCAGGUAUUGCUAUCGAGAUGUGUAUGCUGAAGAGGAAUCUGAAUCAUGUGAGAAGGACGCUUGUCACUACGGGAGAGGCGACUCCGCCAGAGACGGAGAGCGAGGGCUCGAGAAGCGAAGGCGAAGCUGAAGAGACAGCAGCGAAUAUCAAGAGUGCGAAAGAGAAGGGAGUACAGAUCAACGAGAAGUUGAAUGAUGUGCAUCCAGAGGUUCCAGAACAGAAAGAUUCUUUGAGCGAGGCUCUAAAUGGUGUUGAUCUGGAUUGAGGAUGUGGAUACGAGGCGAACAGAUCAGAAAGGGCACGCUUCGUGGUCCAACAUCUAGAGGCUCACGUGUGACUAGAUGACUUGAUCAGAUAAUGUGGCGUUUUCAGAAGGUGGGAUGACCAUAAUAACAGGAUGAAGGGACGAGAUCAGCAUUCUGUUUAGAUUCGUACAACCAGAUAACUUGGUAAGAUGGAGAACUUAGACUUACCUAGGUAACAGCACAAAUGCAAAUAGUUAAACAUGGC